AUGAAGAGUGAGAAAGGAAUUUUUGCGGGUAAAUGUAAGUUAGAGUUGAUGAAAUGAGUAACCGCUGCACAAUUAAUUCGCAUUAAUUGAAUAAUUCACUAUUUGAAAUUUGCAAGAAAAAGGCUUGUUUUUAUCAACUCCAACCCUCUUCUUUUGGCAUUUUCUUUAUUUCCAAUUUGAUCCCAAAACUUCAACAAAACCUCACUUUUUCAGACAGAAAUUCUGAAAAAUUGAAGAUUAAAUGGAGAACAGUAGUGGCGAUAAUACAAUGAAGAAGAAGAAGAAGGAAGUAAUUAGAUUGGAAAGAGAAUCUGUAAUUCCUAUUCUAAAACCUAGGCUCAUUAUGACCUUGGCCAACCUUAUUGAACAGAGCUCAGACAGGGCCGAGUUUCUGAAGCUAUGCAAAAGAAUUGAGUAUACAGUGAGAGCUUGGUACCUUCUUCAGUUUGAAGAUUUAAUGGUAUUUCUUACCCUGCAACUUUAUUCGCUCUUUGACCCCGUAACCGGGGCUCAGAAAUUGCAGCAGCAGAACCUGUCUCCUGAAGAAAUUGAUGUGCUUGAGCAGAAUUUUCUUACUUACCUGUUUCAGGUAAUGGAAAAGAGUAACUUUAAGAUAGCUUCUGAAGAGGAGAUUGAGGUUGCACUCUCAGCGCAAUAUCUUUUGAAUCUUCCCAUCAAAGUUGAUGAAUCCAAGCUUGACAAGGAGCUUUUGAAGAAGUACUUCGCAGAGCAUCCUCAUGAAGAUCUUCCUGACUUUGUUGACAAGUAUGUUAUCUUUCGUCGUGGGAUCGGAAUUGAUCGGACAACUGAUUACUUUAUCAUGGAGAAAGUGGACAUGCUGAUAGCACGUUUUUGGGCAUAUAUUUUAAGACUGACUCGGGUGGAGAGACUUUUGCGCAGAAGGUCGAGUCCGCGGCAUAAAAAAGAUCCAAAGAAGAAUGAUGAAAUUAAUUCUGAAGCAGAGCAAGAUGAUCUAUGUGUUGAACGAAUUCGUUUGGAAAAUUUGGAACUAAGUGUCGGGAAUUUGUUAAGCAGUACCACUAUCCAAGAACCUACAUUUGAUCGGAUUAUAGUUCUCUACAGGCGAGCAAGUACCAAAUUGAAGAAAGAACGAGGAGUGUUCGUAAAGCAUUUCAAGAAUAUCCCAAUGGCUGAUAUGGAAAUAGUUCUUCCGGAAAAGAAAAAUCCUGGUUUAACUCCUAUGGACUGGGUCAAAUUCCUGGUUUCGACUGUAGUUGGGCUGGUUGCUCUUGUAAGCUCACUUGAAAUGCCUAAUGCUGAUCUGUGGGUCAUCUUCGCUGUUCUGUCUGCAGUGAUUGGUUACUUUGCCAAGACAUAUUUCACGUUUCAGGCAAACUUAGCUGCAUAUCAGAACUUAAUUACGCAGUCCAUGUAUGACAAACAGUUAGAUAGUGGAAAGGGCACUCUUCUUCACCUCUGCGAUGACGUGAUUCAACAGGAAGUCAAAGAGAUUAUUAUCUCAUUUUUUAUAUUAAUGGAACAGGGCAAGGCUACCAUGCAGGAUUUGGAUUUGCGGUGUGAGGAACUAAUUCAAGAUGAGUUUGGAGAGAGGUGUAACUUUGACGUGGAUGAUGCCGUUCAUAAGUUAGAGAAGCUGGGCAUUGUUGCUCGGGAUUCUCUUGGACGAUAUUACUGUGUUGGCCUAAAACGCGCCAAUGAGAUAAUAGGCACCACAACCGAAGAGCUCGUCCUCAAGGCAAAACAGGGCGUUAUUUCUUGAUGCUGUAUUUGGAAGGCUAGGAGAUGAGGCCUGCAGAGAAGCAAGGUUCAUUAUUUGAAGUCGUAAUGCAUUUGAGGACUGCAGAAGAAAAGGAGAAGCCAUGUCUAUGCAGCAUUUUCCUUUACCAAUUGCCACAAAUACGGAAUCUGCAUGACUGUUGUUUUAUUUUUUAUUCUUUUUGUUUGGCUUUAAAACAAAACGGAGGAGUUCAAGGUUUUUUGAAAUGUCAAGGAGAAAUUUUAAUGGACACCCUGUUUGCUAUGAACUUGUUGGAAUUUCAGUAGUGCUAAAAAUUCUUUUGUA